CAGAACACACAGGAUCCAGAAGAGAAAAAAAUAGCGUUGGAACUUCUGGACACUGAGCAGGCUUAUGUCAACUGUCUUCAUCUCUUGGAUCAGGUUUCACUUCUUAAACAGUAUGGCUUGUGAACACAGAAGAUGGGGACUUCUCAGUGGCUGUCCCUAGACUCUGGAACUCUCUGUCUGGGAAGGCUAGAAUUGUUCCUUUUUUGUUGUCCUGCUGGCAGGUGAAGACUUAAAAAAAGAUGUGACAGGCUCCUGGAACCAAAAGUUUUUAAGGGAAAGGCAUGUGAAGGUGAAGGCAACUGAAGACUUAAAAAAAUCUGACAGGCUUCUGGAACAAAGGAUUUUUAAAGAAAAGGCAUUUAAAUGAUGCUGUAUUGUUUUAAACUGUACUGUUUUAACACUGAUAGGAAUGAUCUGGUUUUUAUAGUUCUUACUUAAGCCAUUCUAUGAACCAUUUUUUCUGGGAAGUGGAGUUCUGUGAAUGAAUGAAUAAUUAAAUAAAUGAAUACACUUAUAUUCCUUUACUGGCUGGAAAUGUCUUCUUCUAGGUGUUUUUUACAGAGCUAGUGAAGGAAGCCAGAAAUGCAAAAGCAUUCCCAGAAGAGGUGGUAAAAAUGAUAUUCUCCAAUAUUUCAUCCAUUUACAACUUCCAUGCCAAGUUUUUCCUGCCAGAGCUGCAAAAACGUAUGGAGCAUUGGGAGACAAAUCCCAGGAUUGGGGACAUCAUCCAGAAGGUUGCUCCUUUUCUGAAGAUGUAUAGUGAAUAUGUGAAGAACUUUAACAAGGCCGUGGAGCUAAUCACCACAUGGUCUGAAAAGUCCUUGCCAUUCCAGGAAAUCAUUUCACGGAUUCAGAAACAGGAGAUAUCUGCCAACUUAACCUUGCACCAUCACAUGCUGGAGCCUAUACAGAGAAUCCCUAGAUAUGAACUCCUUUUGAAGGGAUAUGUUCAAAAGCUACCUUUGGAAUCACCUGACCGGGAGGAUGCACAGAAAGCUUUGGAAUUGAUUUUCACAGCAGCCCAACACUCUAAUGCUGCUAUUGCAGAGAUGGAACGGCUCCAGAACCUCUGGGAGGUGUAUCACAGGCUAGGACUUGAGGAUGACAUUGUUGACCCUUCAAAUGAGCUCAUUAAAGAGGGACCCAUCCAGAAAAUCUCUUUCCGGCACAACACCACAACAGAGAAAUACCUGUUCUUGUUUAAUAACCUACUGCUUUACUGUGUGCCCAAAGUCAUUCAAGUGGGUGCGGAGUUUCAAGUGCGAAGCCGAAUUGAUGUGCAGGGAAUGAAGGUCCGAGAACUGAAUGAUGUAGAGUUUCCUCAUGCUUUCCUUGUGUCAGGAAGGCAGCGGACUCUAGAAUUACAAACCAGAUCCCACGAUGAGAUGAAUGCCUGGAUAAAGGCAUUCCAAUCUGCCAUUGACAAGAAGGAGAAGAGGGAAGAGUCCUUCAAAGCAGCCAUUCAAAGGCCAGAAGCAGAGACCCAAGACUUAAAUACAUACCAGCCUGAGGAGCUGGGUAAUCGAGCUCCUCAGUGGAUAAGAGACAAGCUGGUAACCAUGUGCAUGCGUUGCAAGGACCCGUUCAAUGCUAUCACACGCAGAAGACAUCACUGCCGGGCCUGUGGCUAUGUGGUGUGUGGCCGCUGUUCCAAUUACAAGGCUGAGUUGCAGUAUGACAAGAAUGGACCCAAACGUGUCUGUAUGGAAUGUUACAACUUCUUGACGGGACAUUUGCUGCAUGAUGAGCAGCAUGGGAAGCACAAAGGUAUUCUGGAGAAAGGAUCUGCAGAAACAUCAGGACAGAGUCUGAUGUGCAGCUUCUUGCAGCUGCUGGACAAGAAUGGAAAGGGGAGCAAGAGGGGAUGGUUUGUGAUCCCACGAGAUGACCCCCUUGUGUUGUAUAUUUAUGCUGCACCCCAGGAUGUCAAAGCUCACACCUCCAUCCCCCUUCUGGGCUACCAAGUCAAAGAGAUGCCUCCAAGUGACACCCGUCACAUCUUCCAGUUGGUACAGUCCAAACAGGUCUAUACAUUGGUUGCAGAGACAGAGGACCUGAAACAGCAGUGGAUGAAAGCCAUAGCACAGUCAGCCCAUGGUGAAGAAGAGGAAGACACAUUUGAUGAACUGGAAUAAUCAGAGCCUUGUUGUGAUAUAGUUGCAUACUGUGAGCCACUGUAGCAUAUAUGUGAAAGGAAAACAUGCUUGUAAUUACCAAAUUUUUGCUAUAGUAAUAUUUUUCAAUUACAGGCUGAGUCUGCAUUAUCUGGAAUUCUGAAACUCAAAAUAUUAAAAAAACAACAACAACAACAACAACAACAAAAGUUUUUUCAUGGGUGGCUGAGUGACAUCUUUGCUUUCUGGUGAUUUGGUGUACACAAACUUUGUUUCAUGCACAAGGUUAUUAAAAAUAUUGUAUAAAAUUAUCUUCAGGUUAUGUGUACAAGGUAUACUUGAAACAUAAAACAAA